AUGAAGAACGACCUUGCAAAGGAGAUGCCGGAGCUCCGGUAUGGAGUUGUCGAAAGUACAGUUCAGGAUGACAAGCGUGUGUACUACGGUGAAUACCCGUGGAUGGCGGCCUUUUUCCAGGUGAAUCGUGACACUAACGAUAUGCAGUACUGCUGCAAUGGUGCACUAAUAGAACCCUUCAUAGUUAUUACCACCGCUAAUUGUUUCUCUAAUUGCGGAUCAAACCCAGCCAAUAUGGUGGUACGACUGGGUGAAUGGGUCAUGAACUCAACUACCGAGCCGAUCCCUCACGAAGAUUUCGAAGUAGAACAGAUGAUCAAACAUCCCGAUUUCCACCCGAUGUCACUGAUCAAUAAUAUAGCCCUGGUAGUGCUGAAAUCCGAAGUUCAAUAUAAACCAACAAUCCAGCCUAUAUGUUUGCCUUCUAACGAAGAACCGCUACUAAGUACUCAACACUUCAUUGCCACCGGUUGGGGUGCCACAGUCAAGCAAACAAUUGCCGGGGUGAAAACUCAUUCCGAUAUGCUUAAGCAACUAGUUCUCCAUUACCAACCGUUCUCAACAUGUGUAAGGCAUAUUGAGGGUCGUAAAUUCCACUUUCACGAGAGCUUCGCAUGUACUACCACUCAAAAUGAAGAACGACCUUGCAAAGGAGAUGCCGGAGCUCCGGUUGUUGUAGAAAGGCGAGCAACUGUUAAUCAAUUCUAUUUAUAUGGGCUGGUGUCGUGGGGAUGGGGUUGUCAUCAAACACAGCGAAAAGAGACUGCUACAGUAACAGAAUUUCAAUUAGUAAAUCAGGUGUCCAAUUUCGAGUACAUUAUUCAUCUAGAGGAACAGUGGCUUAAAUCAAUAUCACCAACAAGAACUUUAACUACUACUAGUAGUACCUCUACUACCACCGCUACUACUACUACUACUACUGAACAGUUCCUCGACUACCCCGAUUGGAACGGUCAGUGCGGUGAACGGUACAUUGGUGAAGGACCACCAGGAAGCGAAACUAAGCGCUGGGAGUUUCCGUGGUCGGUGGCAUUGUUCAGCAUUACCAACAUUUUAGGAAGACAUGUCAAAGUGUUCCUCUGUGGUGCUACGCUCAUCGAUGAUCAAGCGGUGCUAACGACAGCCAAAUGUGUACAGCAUCAAAAUAGAUCGGGCCUAGUAGUCCAUAUUGGUCGCUGGAACGCCAAUUCUGACCAAGAACCUUUCAUGCAGGAAAUAAAAGUCGAGAAAGUGGUCAUCCACCCUGAACACUAUACUUCCACUGCACACAUUGGUAAUAUCGCACUACUGUUCCUAGCUGAUUCGGCACAAAUUGGUCCUGCUUCCAACCGUGUUUGUCUGCCGGAUACACAGGAGAUCGAUACCAACUCGUUCUGCUACGUCGUUGGGUGGAGCAAUAAUCUAGUAGCUGGUACUCCGAAUCACCUGCUCAAAAUUGAUGCCCAAUACGCCAACAGGAAUGAGUGCCAAACAGGGAUUCGAAACUACGGGGGGGUGUAUAAUUAUAAUCUGCCGAAGGAGCAUCUCUGCGCAGACUACACCAAUACCCCAGCACCGUGCGAGCGGGUCGAAGGUUCGGGAAUGGUCUGCGCACUGCACGAGAAUAGUGAACAAUUCUUUUUAGUCGAUAAAGUAAUGACGAAGAAUAAUCGAUAUCCAAACUACUACCGUCCCGAUCUUACGCACGAGUGA